AUGGCUGAUCGCGGGAGACCGCCGCAACCCGGCGCUUCUUCUUUGGGACGUGCGCCUUCUCAAGCAUCGUCCACUCGUCCUGCCGCUAGCCAACCCGGCUGGACUCAAGGUCCAGGAUUCGAUCCCGGUCGUCUUGGAGGUAAUGUCAAGAAAGUUGGCAACACACGAAUGGAACUACCCCCAGAUGCCUAUGUGUCCGAUACACAGAAGUCCCUGUUCACCCUGCGGGGUAACAACCUGAAUACCGAAGGCUCGCCCGCCGUUGUCGAAGUCAACCAGUAUAGGAUGACAAAGUUCGACUUUUCGAAAAAGAUUUAUCAGUAUGAUGUCGCGCUGUCCCCAGAUCCUGAUAAGAAGACUGUUAUCCUAAAGAAAAUCUGGGAGCAUCCGACUUUCAAAGCUGCUUUACAGAAGUACAACUAUGAGAUGUGGAUCUGUGACGGCAGCAAGCUUGCUUGGUCUCCUUCUCUGGUUGAUCGAGGCGAGCUCCGCUUUACAGUCAAUCUUGACGAAGGCCGCCUCCCGCCCCAGCAGAAGCCUGCACGAUCGAAUAAUGUUUUCCAUGUCACGCUCAGAAAGACAACAGAGGUCCAGAUGGCAGCUCUGAAAGGAUACCUUGAACAGCGUGUUCAAUUCAACAAUGCAGUUAGUGAAGCUUUGAACUUCGUGGAUCACUUGAUUCGACAGUGGCCCUCGCAGAAUCUCUUGGCCAUCAAGAGAAACUUUUACAAACUACAAGCCAAGGGUCGACCUCUCAUGGACGGCUCCCUUGUCGAGGUGCACAAAGGCACCUAUGCCUCCGUCCGACUCAGUCACAACCUGAACCGAGGCGGCGUUGGUCUUGCGCUGAACGCCGACAUUGCAAACACCUGCUUUUGGGUAGGUAACCAGACCGUUGAUAGGUUACUUUGCAACUUUCUUGCGGCUGCUGAGCCUCGACGCUGGCGCAAUCUGUCACCAGUUGAUCUGAGCAAUCAGCUUAAGCCCAUCAGUGGUGCACAGAGUGGCCGCUGGGAAUCCAGUGAUGCCUUCAAGCAACUUCGAAAGCUUCGCAGACUGAAAUUCAAAGUCCGUCACCCAAAUCGCACCGCUGCGGUAGACAAGGUCUACACUAUACAAGACAUCGUCUUCGGUCAAAAUUACGGAGCUGAAGGUGGCACCGCCCGAAAUGUCAAGUUUGAACAUGACGGCCAGCAAGUCUCUGUCGCGCAGUACUUCGAGAAGAAAUACAACGCCUUCCUUCGCUUCGGAAAUUUUCCUCUGAUCGAUGCUGGAAAGGCUGGCUAUAUUCCCAUGGAGUUUGCUUUCGUGGAGCCCAUGCAGAGAUAUCCAUUCAAGCUUAAUCCAGACCAGACGGCCGCCAUGAUCAAGAUUGCGGUUACAAGACCAAAAGAGAGAAGGGCUGACAUCCAAUCGCAUGUCAACGAUCUUCAAAUCCCUAAUGACCCCUUUUUACGUCAUUACGGUGUACAGUUCGAUCCACAGUUCACCAAGGUUGAUGCUAAAGUUCUCGCUCCUCCAGCAGUGAACUUUGGAACAGGUACCGCGGACCCGAAGUUCUCUGGCCGUUGGGAUCUUCGUGGUAAGAAGUUCUGGAAGCAGAACAUCGCGCCGCUGGUGAGCUGGGGCUUUUUGGUUCUUGACAAUUGUGUUCAACUGCCUCAACUGAAGGCCUUUGCGCAAGCAUUCAAGACCACAUUUAUAGGCCACGGAGGCAAAUGCACUGCCGACCCUAUGCUCCUCACCCCUCCCGGGAAUGCGGCGAGAGAUGUUGCUCAGUCUCUUCACUGGGCAUUUACUCAACUUGUGAACACAAAGGGGUAUCCACAGCUGAUUUUUGUUGUGGUACAACAUAAAAACAGUCCUCACUAUAUGCGCCUCAAGAAAUCCGCGGACUGCCGUUUUGGAAUUCUCACACAAGUUGUGAACGGGCGAGCUGUGGCCGAAAAUAAUGGCCAGUACCACUCAAACGUGUGCAUGAAAGUCAACGCCAAGCUCGGAGGCGCGACUGCCCGCACAAUUCCCCCUUGGAAGAUCAAAUCGGUCACGUACUUCCCUGAGUCCCGUCCGACCAUGAUUAUUGGAGUCGAUGUUUCUCACGCUGCCCCGGGAGGUGUCACAGCCUCUGUUGCAGCCAUGACCAUGUCUGUUGAUCGGGAUGCCAACCGAUAUGCUGCUGCCGUCGAAACCAAUGGGUAUAGAACUGAGAUGCUGACACCGAGCAAUAUCAACUUUAUGUUCGGCCAAUUGUUAGCACAUUGGAGACCCAACCAUCUCGCCUUUCCCAAACACAUCAUCUACUUCCGAGAUGGUGUUUCCGAAGGCCAGUUCGCCCAUGUUAUCGAACAAGAAAUCAACGAGAUCAAGCGUUACUUGCGUAGCGCUGCUCCAGACCAGACAAUGCCCCAGUUCACGGUCAUUGUGGCCACAAAGCGCCACCAUAUCCGGUUCUUCCCACAAAAGGGAGACAGAAACGGCAAUGCUCUUCCAGGCACGCUUGUUGAGAAGGAAGUCACGCACCCGUUCAUGUGGGACUUUUACCUCUGUUCCCAUGUUGCCAUUCAAGGAACAGCACGCCCAGUUCAUUACAAUGUCAUCAUGGACGAAGCGAAGAUGCCCGCUAAUGAGCUGCAGAAGAUGAUAUAUCAUCAGAGCUACUCGUACGCAAGAUCAACCACUCCGGUGUCCUUGCACCCGGCUGUUUACUACGCGCAUCUCGCUGGCGAUCGUGCUCGGGCCCAUGAAGACCAGUACAGUAGUGAUGGCUUCCAACAAGGUGGGAAGGGGCAUGAGAUGGCCCGCGAUCAAGAAGCGAAGGGGCACCUUGCCGAAAUGCCAGUAUUAACAGACGCGCCAAAGCUAUUGCCGCUGGGUGGCAAACUUGGUGAAGCACCUGCGGCGGGUGAAGAGAGACAGCGAAACUUUUUUAGAUCUACCAUGUGGUACAUCUAG